GGGGCGGUUUAGCACCUCUACACUGAAAUUCGGCUUCCGUUUUUCCCCUGCUAAAAACUUUUCCUUUCUGUGGAACUUUUCUCGUGGCAAGUCCCGGAGCCCUGGAGUUGGGAGUGCAUCCUCCAGCUCACCAGCUCUUCCGGCGGGUACAAUGCAUGCAGUUCACACCGCGGAGAUGAGAGCCGCGGAGACAGAGAAAACGUUUUCCGCGCUGCUGAGAGCCGAGCGUGGGCCCCGCGGGCUGCGGCGGCGGGCGGGGAGCCAGGCCGGGCAGCGUCCCGCGCAGCCAUUGGCUGGCGCCGCGCGCCGCACUGAGCAUGUUCGCGCCCCGCGGGUCCCGGGCUGCAGUCGCCGCCGCAGCCACCGCGCAUUGUGCAAAGCCGCGGCCGAUGAGCGCCGGACCGGCUCGCCUCGCUUCGGCUUCGUUUCCCAGCGGCUCGGCGGCCCGCCUGACUGGCCCGGGAGCCUCCCCCAGCCCGGGCCGGGGCCCCAGCAGGGCCGGGAUGGCCUGAGUGCUCGACGCGCGGCGGCGCAGCAGCUGGACUGCAACAUGGGGAACCAGGAUGCGAAGCUGAAGAGGAGCGCAGGUGAUGCUUUCCACGAAGGCGGCGGCGGCGCGGAGGAUGCUGGCGGGCCCAGAGAUGGAGAGGCCACAAAGAAGGGGAGCGGGGGCAAGAAGGCUUCAGGCAGACACGGCAAGGGGAUCGGAGGCGGCGAGCCCGGCAAGAAGAAGAGCAAGUCGGACUCCAGGGCCUCGGUGUUUUCCAACCUUAGGAUCAGGAAGAACCUGUCCAAGGGGAAAGGCGCCGGCGGCUCCCGCGAGAAUGUGCUGGACUCCCAGGCCCUGCAGACCGGGGAGCUGGACAGCGCUCCGUCGCUGAUCACCAAGACUCCGGACCUCAGCCUGUCCGCCGACGAAACGGGCCUGUCGGAUACCGAGGGCGCCGACCCUUUUGAGGUGACCCGUCCAGGUGGCCCUGGACCGGCGGAGGCUGGGGUCGGGAGCCAGGCUGUCGCCGAGGAUUUGGAAACGGCGGCCGGGGCGCAGGAUGGACAAAGGACCAGUUCGGGCUCGGACACAGACAUCUACAGCUUCCACUCGGCCACGGAGCAAGAGGAUUUGCUUUCAGACAUCCAGCAGGCGAUACGCCUGCAGCAGCAGCAGCAGCAGGGCUCGGAGGACCUUGCAGUGCCGCACACCGCCGCCUCCCCGCAGCCCGGGGCCUUCCUGGGCCUGGACCAAUUCCUGCUGGGGCGGAGCAGCGCGACCGGGGAGGCUCCGGGCAGUCCGGACACAGAGCCGCCGCUGUCUGCGCUCUCCGACCUGCCCGAGAGCCUGACCGCCGAGCCCCCGGUGCCCGAGCAACCACCGCCCCCCAACGGCCGCCGAGCCUCGGAGGCGCCCGGCGCGCGGGUGGCCCAGCUCGCGGCCGCAGACUCGCCCUCGCCCACCGCCUUCCCGUUUCCCGGGGCCGGACUCGGGGAGGGCGCGGCCGAAGCCCCCCCUGGGCCAGGGGCUGGGGAAACAGAUGAGGAAGGCGAGGAGGACGCUUUUGAGGAUGCACCCCGAGGCUCUCCAGGAGAGGAGUGGGGCCUGGAGGUUGUUGAGGCCUCGCAGAAGCCGUGGGGAGAGCCCGAGGAGGGGGCGCGAGGGCCCGGCUCCCCCGCGGCCGCCUCCCUGCCGGGCAGCCCUGCGCCCAGCCCACGCUGCUUCAAACCCUACCCUCUCAUCACGCCUUGCUACAUCAAGACCACCACCCGGCAGCUCAGCUCUCCCAAUCACUCGCCGUCCCAGUCCCCCAACCAGAGCCCCAGGAUCAAAAGGCGGCUGGAGUCCUCCCUGAGCCGGGGACCCAGAACUGCCUUGGCCUCCGCGGACCCCGAGGCCAAGAAGCACCGGGCCGAUGGCGGCCUCGCGGGUGGCCUCAGCCGCUCUGCGGACUGGACCGAGGACCUGGACGCCGGUGCGCCCAGGGCGGGGGGCUCUGCACACCUGCUGGACCGCCAGGCUGCUGAGGACGGUGCGAUGCCUCCGGCGCUGACAGCCAAGGCGGCCGGGGCGCAGGCGGCCGCCGAUGGCUUCCAGAACGUGUUCACAGGGCGGACUCUGCUGGAGAAGCUGUUCAGCCAGCAGGAGAACGGGCCUCCAGAAGAAGCAGAGAAGUUUUGCUCCCGGAUCAUCGCCAUGGGUCUCCUGCUUCCUUUUAGUGACUGCUUCAGGGAGCCGUGUCAUCAGAACGCCCAGUCAAGCUCAGCUCCGUUUGAUCACGAUCAACUUUACACCUGGGCUGCAGUUAGUCAACCCACACACUCACUGGAUUACACGGAAGGGCAGUUUCCCAGGCGAGUCCCGUCUGCUUUGCCGCCAUCUAACCCUCCUGAUGAAGAACACAGGCCCAAGAGUGCGGAAACAGAAUCUCAUUCUGCUGUUUUGGAAACUCUGAAAAAUGGUUCAGAUGCUGUUCAGCAGGAAGUUGUAGACAUGAAGUCUGAGGGACAGGCGACUGUGAUUCAGCAGCUGGAACAGACCAUCGAGGAUCUGAGGAUCAAAAUAGCUGAACUGGAGAAGCAGUAUCCUGCCAUGGACAUGGAGGUGGCCAGCGGCCAUCGUGGGGUUCAGAAUGGAGUGGCACCCUCAGAAGAUGUCUGUCUCGAAGCUCUCAGGUUAGGAGAAAAGGAUGUACGGCAUCAAAGGAUUUCACAGGCAAAGUCGAUCCAGACGUCCCCGAUAGAAGAGGGAAGGACACUGACACUGCCUUCUGUUAAUACACUGCCAGAGUGUCCCUCAUGCCCUCCAGGGGCCGAAAGUGGAGACUCAGCUGUGCCAUCCUCUCCUUCUGGACCUCAGACAAAAUUCUGUUCAGAGAUUUCUUUGAUUGUGUCUCCAAGGCAAAUAUCAGUACAGCUCGACGCACAUCAGUCCGUUCAGCCUCCACCAGCUCCCUCCCUUUCGCAGUCCGAUGGUCAAGGACAGGCCAGGUCACAGUCUUCCCAUCCUUCUCUUCAUACUGAAUUUGAAACCAGCCAUGAACACUCUGUUUUAUCCUCCUUUGAAAACAGCCCUAGUGUCCCACCUCCACCGCCUCUGCCUUGCACAGAUUCUUCCAGCUCCAUGUUUGGCCUGGACUUGGUGGCUCCCCUACCUCCCCCACCUCCCCCACCUCCCCCUCUCCCUGGCAUCACAGGGCCUGUUCUGCCUAGUACAACAACUCCCCCACCUCCUUCUAUGCCUGGUACAGAAAUGCUGCCACCCCCUCCCCCACCUUUGCCUGGAGUGGGAAUACCUCCUCCCCCACCUCUUCCUGGUAUGGGAAUAGGAGUGGGAAUACCUCCUCCUCCUCCUCUUCCCGGUGUGGGAAUACCUCCUCCCCCGCCUCCUCUUCCAGGAGUGGGAAUACCACCUGCCCCCCCUCUUCCCGGUGUGGGAAUACCUCCUCCUCCUCCUCUUCCCGGAGUGGGAAUACCACCUCCUCCUCCUCUUCCAGGAGUGGGAAUACCACCUGCCCCCCCUCUUCCUGGUGUGGGAAUACCUCCUCCCCCACCUCCUCUUCCUGGAGUGGGAAUACCUCCUCCUCCCCCUCUUCCCGGAAUGGGAAUACCUCCUCCUCCACCUCCUCCUCCUCCUCUUCCUGGAGUUGGGGUUCCCCCACCUCCUCCUUGGCCAGGUGUGGAUAUUCCACCUGCUCCAGCUCCUCCGCCUUUUCCUGGAACAGGCAUCACCUCACCCCCACCACCUGCUCUGCUUCCUGGAUCUGGCCCUCCACUCCCCCCACAAGUUGGGAGUAGCACUUUACCGACACCACAAGGGUGUGGAUUUCUUCCCCCUCCAUUGCCAACUGGCUGGUUUGGAUUAGGGAUGAACCAGGACAAGGGGAGUAGGAAGCAGCCAAUAGAGCCUUGUCGGCCAAUGAAGCCUCUAUACUGGACGCGGAUUCAACUACACAGUAAAAGAGACUCCAGUGCUUCACUUAUUUGGGAAAAAAUUGAAGAGCCAUCCAUAGAUUGUCAUGAAUUUGAGGAACUAUUUUCUAAAACUGCUGUGAAGGAGAGGAAGAAACCUAUUUCUGACACCAUCACAAAGACCAAGGCUAAACAACAGGUGGUCAAGUUAUUAAGCAACAAAAGGUCACAAGCAGUUGGAAUAUUAAUGUCUAGCCUUCAUUUAGAUAUGAAAGACAUACAACAUGCUGUUGUGAACUUGGACAAUUCUGUGGUUGACCUGGAAACUCUUCAGGCGCUAUAUGAGAAUAGAGCACAGUCAGAUGAACUGGAAAAAAUUGAAAAGCACGGCCGAUCCUCCAAAGACAAGGAGAACGCCAAGUCCCUGGACAAACCUGAGCAGUUCCUCUAUGAGCUGUCACUAAUCCCCAACUUUUCAGAGCGAGUCUUUUGCAUCCUGUUCCAGUCUACAUUUUCAGAAAGCAUUUGCUCAAUUCGUCGCAAACUGGAAUUGCUACAGAAAUUGUGUGAGACAUUAAAAAAUGGCCCAGGGGUUAUGCAGGUUUUGGGUUUGGUUCUUGCCUUCGGUAACUACAUGAAUGGUGGAAACAAGACUCGAGGCCAGGCCGAUGGUUUUGGAUUAGACAUUCUUCCGAAGCUGAAAGAUGUCAAAAGCAGUGACAAUAGCAGAAGCCUCUUGUCAUAUAUCGUUUCCUAUUAUCUUCGGAAUUUUGAUGAGGAUGCUGGAAAAGAACAGUGUGUCUUUCCGUUACCAGAACCCCAGGACCUCUUUCAGGCCUCACAGAUGAAGUUUGAAGAUUUUCAAAAAGAUCUCAGAAAACUAAAGAAAGACUUGAAAGCCUGUGAGGUUGAAGCAGGGAAAGUGUAUCAGGUAUCCUCAGAAGAACACAUCCAGCCUUUCAAAGAAAACAUGGAGCAAUUUAUUAUUCAAGCUAAAAUUGACCAAGAGGCAGAGGAAAACUCACUAACAGAGACUCAUAAAUGCUUUUUGGAGACGACAGCCUAUUUCUUCAUGAAACCAAAAAUUGGAGAGAAGGAGGUGUCCCCAAAUGUUUUUUUCAGUAUCUGGCAUGAAUUCAGCUCCGACUUUAAAGACUUUUGGAAGAAAGAGAACAAACUUAUUCUACAAGAGAGAGUGAAAGAAGCUGAAGAGGUGUGUAGGCAGAAAAAGGGAAAGUCACUUUAUAAAAUAAAGCCAAGACAUGACUCUGGAAUUGUAAGUAUUUAACUUUUCUGUUCUUUAACCUGUGAUUUUUUUUUUGUUU